AUAUAUAGAGUCUCAUCUGUAGUCGUAGAUCUAGUCUUAAGAGACAGCAUUGAAGCAUCCUUGUACGGUUUAGUAGUAAUUAUAGAUUUAGGCGAUGCAACUUUGCGCCACGUCGCUCAAUUAACACCUUUCGUUGUAAUGAACGUGAUUCACGCGUGGCAGGGUUGCUACCCCGUAAGAAUACAAUUGCUCAACUCUAUCAACGUGCCGGGAUAUGCUAAAUGUGUUGUGGAGCUUAGCACACAUUUUUUGAAUAAAAAACUGAGGGAAAGAUUUUGUGUCUAUUCGCGCCAAACGGCGCAUGAUUGUUUCAAAGAUAUGCCAGUUAAUAUUUUGCCGGUCGAAUAUGGCGGAACUGAUGGUACAAUUCAAGAAUUAAUAGAAUAUUGGAAAAAAGUAGUUGAAGAGAAUCGCGAAUGGGUUAUCGAUGAUGAGAAAUAUAAACCAAUUUUGAAUUCGUCAUCAAAAUUGAACGGAAUAAACUGA